UUCAAGGGAACUACGUUACCAAGCUUUGCCCUCUCCAUUUUUUUUUUUUUUCAGUUUUGUCAAAUGUUAUUUUAUGGAGUAAAAUUACCAUUUUCUCGCAAAUCAUUCUUCUCUUUCCAUUCUUCUUUAUGUUCAUUUCAGGUGAUAACAGUGGUACUUCGCCGCAGUUCAUUCAUUUAACGUCAUCUUCCUCAGUUGGUCCUUGGAAUUGCAACGGAAUGUCCCAAGUAUAAGGUUUAGGGUUUCGUCUCCAGAUGUGACAACUGUAACGCUAAUAUCGAUCUAACAAUGGUGACUCAGCUUGUAACAAGCGCAAAUAGAGUCCAGAAAUUCUUCGACGACCUCGAAGCACAAAGGUCUAUUAUCUCCACUUGCACCCAGCUGUUUACGACCCUAUCGAAACAUUUCUCGUCCCUGGAAGCUUCAAUCUCCCAGAAAUCCCAAUUGAUAGAUUCAAAUGUUGAGGCUCUGGAAUCCCAUGCAAAGAAGACCCUCGAAUCCCUCGAUCACCGCGAGAAUUCUAUUCCAGAACGCGAGUCCGCUGCGGCCGCGCGAAUUGAAGAACAAAAGGAAGCAGCUUUGGCCGACUUCGCUAAACCAAUUUCAGCAAACGUUGAAUUGUCUGAAACCCUGAAGUCUUUGUGUCGUAAAAUGGAUUCUUCAGCGUUGUUGAGGUUCAUCGUAUCCAAGCGUAAGGAAUCGGCGACUUUGAGAGCCGAGAUAGUGCCGGCCAUAGCGGAGGCGGUGGAUCCUCCAAGAUUGGUCUUGGACGCCGUGGAAGAGUUUCUCAAUUGCAAAUCGGCGAAAUCUGGGGUCACGGAUAAGCGAUGGGCUUGUGGAAUUCUGGUUCAAGCAUUGUUUCCGGAGACUAGUUCUGGAGGCAAAUUGCCAGAAUUUUGCAGAAGAAUUGUUGCCAGAGCAGCUGACUUGGUCGAAUCGUGGAAAGGGCAGAUGGAUGGUAGUUCUGAAAACGGUGCUGUCGGUGCAGCCGAAGCGGUGAUGUUUCUUCAGAUUGUAGUAGGUUUCAGACUACGUCAGAGGUUUGAUGAGGAGUGUUUGAGAAACUUGGUUAUGGAGUUUGCGAUGAGAAGGGAUAUGGCAAAGAUUGCAUCAGCGUUAGAAUUCGGGGAGAAAAUGGGAGAUAUAAUAAGUGAACUCAUUAGAAAUGGUAAAGAGAUUGAAGCUGUCUAUUUUGCUUCAGAAUCUGGUUUGACUGAAAGGUUUCCUCCCGUUAACCUGCUCAAGUCCUAUCUGCAGAAUUCCAAAAAGAAUUCUACCUCCUCAUCAAAGAGUGGAAACAACAGUCAGGCUGCAAUGGAUGUGUCAAGCACUCAGGAGUUAAAUUCCAUCAAGGCCGCUAUCAAAUGUAUAGAAGACCACAAGCUGGAAUCAGAAUUCAACAUUGAUAGUCUGAGAAAACGAGUUGCUCAUCUGGAGAAAUCCAAGGCUGAAAGGAAGAAGAGUUCAGCAGUGGGGAGUAAAUCUCAUAAGCGAGCCUAUGGAUCGAGCAGCGCUCGAGGUGUAGGGUCAAACUCUUUCCGUCCAGCUAAAGUAGCGAAAUUAAAUUCAUACCCAACCUUGGAUCGGAGGAACCCAGCUCCUCCUCCGCAGCCUAGUCCUGUUUCAAGAUUUUCUGGAUCAUUCAAUUACCCCAGCCAAGCUGUCUAUGAUGAUCGUACAGGUAAUCCUUACGCAACUGCCUAUGGAGCUCCCCAUAGUCAAAGCCCUGUUGGAAUAACUCAACAGCACUACCCGCUCCCUGGUUCUUAUGGAGGAGGACAGACUAACUACGGCAUCUAUGAUUGUGGAAAUGCUAUCCCAGCUGCCUAUCAACCUCCAUUUACACACUAGACGAGAAAAUCACAAGUUAGCGAUAUGUGAUAUAUCCCUUCACAUUUACUCCCAGCCGGAGUUCAAUCUCCUUUUUCUUUUUGCUUUAUUUUUAUGUUAUAUGAUUGACGGAGCUUUUCGGGAGGUCGAAGUCCUGAAGUUUCAGCCUGAAACUAUAUUAGAAUUUAGAUGCAAAAAGCUGUAGCUGCUCAAUUACAUUGUAUUCCAUCAAUAAUAUUGAUGAUGAUGACGACAGCAUGACGAUGCUCGAAUGUGAUUGUCAGUACCCCACUAGCCGAUAUUGAAUCAAGAUAUCAAAAAAUGAUGAUAAUCUGAUUACAUAGA